CGCUCUCUCCGCAGGUGAAGUUUCGACGCUUUUGAGCGAGCGGAUAGAAACUUGAAAGCGUGCAAGCCAACUGGUGUUUCUGAAGCAGCAAAGGGAAAGGCAGAAGUCUAAGCAAAAGCGCAGAGCCUUUCCUUGGCAGCUUUUACGUGCCACAGUACUAGUAGUAUUUAUCAGCGCUUGGCCUACUCAGGUUUGUCCUCAGGUUUGCCCAAUAGUACGGGGCUUUCUUUGUUGGUUGCGUGAUCCCGGUGGUGAAGCUGACUCAGUACCUUUUGUCGGGUGGGCUACUAGAAAUCUACAACUACAAAACCUGCUGUUUCUGUUUCCUCAGCAGAGUGCCUCUGUUGCUCCUGGUGUGGGGUAGCCAAAAUGCAGGCUGCAGCGCUAAACCGUGUCCUGCCAAGUGGCGCCCUCACAGCCGCUGGCAAGGAUCACGUCCAAGGGCGGGCCGUUCAGCAGCAUCUGGAGGCACACAGGAGCCAUGUGCUAUGUGGGAAGUCGUUUUUGGGAGGGCGCAGGCUGGUCUGUGAGUCAAAGAGGGCAGCGCUUCAACGGAGGACUUUCAAGAGGUUGCAGGUUGUAGCAGCAGACUUCCCGCGUCCCGCCAUUGAUGGCACUCCAAACUUCCUCGACGCCGCGCAGCUUUCCGCCAGGCUACGGGAAGCCCCCCGGCCCAAGAGGCCGCUAAAGAUUGUGAUUGCGGGAGCGGGGUUGGCCGGGCUCUCGACCGCAAAGUAUCUUUCGGACGCGGGACAUCAUCCGAUUCUGCUAGAGUCGAGGGACGUGUUGGGGGGAAAGGUUGCGGCGUGGAAGGACAAGGAUGGGGACUGGUACGAGACGGGGCUGCACAUAUUCUUCGGCGCGUACCCCAAUAUGCAGAACCUGUUUGGCGAGUUGGGGAUCAACGACCGCCUUCAAUGGAAGGAGCACAGCAUGAUCUUUGCCAUGCCCAACAAACCCGGCGAGUUCAGCCGCUUCGACUUCCCCGAUAUCCUCCCCGCGCCUUUCAAUGGCGUGUGGGCCAUCCUGAAGAACAACCAGAUGCUGUCGUGGCCUGAGAAGGUCCAGUUUGCGCUAGGCUUGUUGCCGGCGAUGGUGGGCGGACAGAAGUACGUCGAGGAGCAGGACUCGUUGACCGUGUCGGAUUGGCUCAAGAAACAGAAAAUUCCGAAGCGGAUUGAGGUGGAGAUUCUGGGCGCCAUGUCAAAGGCGCUCAACUUCAUCGACCCCGACAAGCUGUCCAUGCAGUGCGUGCUCAUCGCGCUCAAUAGGUUCCUCCAGGAAACACACGGGUCCAAGAUGGCCUUCUUGGACGGCGCUCCCCCCGAGCGGUUGUGCCAGCCAAUCGUAGAGUACUUUUCUGCCAAGGGGGGCGAGGUGCGGCUCAACUCGCGGUUGAAGGAGAUUGUGUUGAACGACGACGGCACCGUCAAGCACUUUGCGCUGGCCAACGGGCAGGAGGUCACGGGGGACCUCUACGUGUCCGCCAUGCCCGUUGAUAUCCUGAAGCUGUUGCUACCCGAAAAGUGGAAGCCGAUGCCCUACUUUAAGAAGCUCGACAAAUUGGUCGGUGUUCCCGUUAUCAACGUACACAUUUGGUUCGAUAGAAAGCUCAAGAACACCUACGACCACCUCCUUUUCAGUCGGAGUCCUCUACUGAGCGUCUAUGCCGAUAUGUCAACUACAUGCAAGGAGUAUGAGGACCCCAACAAGUCGAUGUUGGAGCUGGUGUUCGCUCCCGCCAAGGAGUGGAUUAGCCGGUCGGACCAGGACAUCAUUGACGCGACGAUGGGCGAGCUCGCGAAACUGUUUCCCGACGAGAUCGCCGCGGAUGGGAGCAAGGCGAAGAUCCUGAAGUACCACGUCGUGAAAACCCCUAGGAGCGUUUACGAGACGGUGCCUGACUGUGAGCCGUGCCGGCCGCUCCAAAAGUCGCCCAUUGAGCGGUUCUACCUGGCGGGAGACUACACCAAGCAAAAGUACCUGGCAUCGAUGGAGGGCGCCGUCUUCUCUGGGAAGCUCUGCUCAGAGGCUAUCGUAAAGGAUUGGAACGAGAAGUCGCUCGAAGAGUUGCCCGAGGCGGAGCCCGAUUUGGUCCCUGCGUCAGUGGCUUAGUUGAAAGCCCUUCUUCAGAAUUGAGUUCGAAUCUUGGAUCAGGGUUGACAUUCGAUUGUCAAGUGUUGCCGAAGUCCCGUCAUUCUUUCAUUUGAAGGUAUAGCUAGUACGAACAUUCUUAGGUCAUGUGGGUUGCCGGACUGCACUAGCGGUGCCUAUGCAGGAGUAGGGCAAGCCGUCUGGAUCUUUGCAACUUAGCUUACAAUCUGAACUCGCGCAUGGUACCUAGUUGGAACUCAGAAAACAUUUGGUAUAAGGACUGUGAUGAACCUACUGAUCGGAAUUUCCACCAUCAGGGUCUUGUGCCCUUCACAUGAGUCGGCCGAAAUAUCAAGGAAAAGCUUUUUGGAGUUGGCAUUGCCGGG